UCCAACCUGCUGGAUGAAAGACGUCCAACCUGCUGGAUGAAAGACGUCCAACCUGCUGGAUGAAAGACGUCCAACAUGCUGGAUGAGAGAUGGCGCCUGUGUGCACGGCCUGCCGUCUGUCAGCGGUAUUUUUGUUUGUGUUUGUGCUACUUCUGACAACUGUCAUUAAAAACAUCAACUCUUUACUGGUGUAUGAUCGCCAAACGCUCCUGGAUCUGAGCUGUUUUCCACCAAAGCUGGUGCAGUUUAGACACGAUGGUCAGGAGACGCCGCACCCGUUGCUGUCCGAGGUGCCUGUCUACCUGUGCCGCACCUCAGUGACGUUUCAGCGGAGGAAACGCCGUCGUCGUCGUUAUCGGGGAAAACGCGGGGGUAAGCUGGCGAAUCUGAAGCGGAUGCUGACGACCUGUCUGAGGCGCUCUGCGGUGGCCUCGUUGGAUGACUUUGGACCGGUUCAUCGACUCUUUCCUUCCCGGCGCUCAUUGGAGCCUGUCAGCACCUGGCUGUUACCUGUCGCCGGCUCAGAGCAGCUGUUCCAGCCUCGCGGUCCCUGUUCUCCUCGCCCCAGGCAGCGCGGGGUGAACCUGGAGAGCUUACGGCCGCUCCCCCGGGCCAGCCGGACCAUCAACACCCCGGCCCCACCACCCCCCGCCAGAUUUGGCCUGGUGAACACUAGGUCCCUGGCAAACAAAACUUUCAUCCUGAAGGAUUUUUUCGCCUCUCAGGGCUUGGAUUUCCUUUGUCUGACGGAGACGUGGCUGAACGUCGGUCGAGCAGAACUUCUCCCAGAAUUCAAGACUCCCACCCGGAUCCCCAGACCCAAACCCGCAUCAGCUUCCAGCGCCGAGUCUCCUGUCAGCGACUCGGACUUCCAGCAGGACAUCGUCUGGGACGGCGCCUCGCCGGCACCGCGACGCCCAGGUGAGCCGUCGCACCUGGAGCUGGACGGGUGGAGUUCUGAGCUGCAGGUUCUGUCUGCAGGCCGGAGACCCGGGAAGCAGUCCGCCGGAACCGUCAGCAUCUCCCAGAUCGUCAGCAGGAUCGCCCCAAAGCACGGCCGGCCGCGGACCUCAGAACCGAGCCUGCAGCAGUGGAUUGGUGACAGCGCCAGCAUCCCCUGCACUCCUGAACUUCCAGCUACCAGAACCAGGAAGAAGAGAACCAGCUCUGAUGUCCUGCUGAAGCUUGCCCAGCAGUUCGACCAGAACCUGUUCCACCAGGAGGAGGGGCUUCUAUCGGACCGGGACCUGGACUUUAGCGACCAUCAGAACUUGGAGCCGGCGGCGGACGCUCGGACGGACCCGGACCAACAGUUGGACAACGACCUGGACUUCCUCUUUGAUUGUCCAACUCAGAGCCUGAGCCCGGUGCCGGUACCGUCAACAGAACCGCCUCAGCCUCACCCUGCCACUCUGACCACUGCAGCCGUUUCCACGGCGACCUCCAGGAGCUCCUCGACCCGCGACGCAUUUGAGGACGACUGGGAAAAUGACGACUUGCUGAAUGACUCUUUGGUUCUGGAGAUGACUCAGAACCCGCACAUGUUCAUGACGCCCCAGCUGUGUUCCACCCAGAACCCACCGGGUCAGGGGAACACGCCAGGUCCGGGACCCAGAGCCCAGAAGGAAAACACCAGACCCAGAGCCUGGUUCCGAUUGGACCGGACCUCGGGUUUCUCUGAGAGAAGAAACCAGAAGGUCUGGAGAACGGAGCGGUCCGGGUCUGUGGUCCCUCAGCAGAUGUGCCGUCCAAUCAGUACCAUGCCAGAACCACAGGGUUUUGGGGUCCAACAGAUAACUUGUCCUGGUGAGGUUGUCCAUAAGAACCCUGACCCGGUUUCUUCCCAAAGAAGCCCUCCUGACGUGGACGAGGAUCUGGACUUGUUGUUCUCCUCAGAACCGGUCUGGGAUGAUCCGGCUGACGACGAGCUGCUGUGUGAGGUCUGUGACGAACUGGAGAACCAGAUCCAGAACCGCCAGAGAGCAGUUCUGCAGCCGACCCACAGGACCCAAGACAACCAAAUCCAAACUUCAGCUGCUAGCCCCUCCGGUCCGGGGGAGGGCGCCGUACCGACGAGCACCGCAGCCACAUCCACAGGGAGGGCGUCUGUGUCGCCAUGGCAACAGGGAGGAGCCCAAAACACCGUUUCCAUGACGAGUGGCGGGAAAUGCUCAGCGGCGGAGAUCGAGCUGAAGAAGCAGCGGGCUGUGGAGCGGCGUCGGCAGAGGCUACGGGCUGCACAGAACCUCCACUCUGACCCAAACUGAACCCGAGCAGAACCUCUGAAGAACCGGUGAGGGAGGUGAUCCGGCAGCGCUUUGCUGGUUCUGGACGUUUCAGAGCCAGUGAUGAAUUUUGAUGUAGCCCCUCCUCAAAGCGGCCCAGAAGUGGGCGUGGUCUGUUCCACUGCUGAGCAGACGGUGUGAGUGUCAUGAUGAGGGACUGAGACGAAGACCUCCACAUGCGGGAAAUACUUUUUGUACAGACAUGAAUAAAUCUGAUCUGACGUCUG